AUGGAUCCUUCAAAAGCAUCGAAGAGGCCUGUUGGAAUUCUAUUUGUGAAGGUUGUAAGAGCUCAAAAUCUGGAAAAGAAGGGCCUGUUGGGUAGUAAAUCAGAUCCGUACGUGAAACUUAAGAUGUCGGAUGACAGGCUUCCAUCCAAGAAAACAAGAGUAAAGCGCAGCAAUCUCAAUCCGGAGUGGAAUGAAGAAUUCAAAUUUGUUGUGAUAGAUCAAGAGAACCAGUCGCUGGAUGUUAAUGUCUUCCACCGGGCACAGGUUGGUAAACAUGCGAAGAUGGGCAUGAACAGGGUUCCGUUGAAAGAACUUGCCCCGGAGGAGACUCAAGUUUCGACUCUUAACUUACUGAAGACCAUGGAUCCAAAUGAUGUACAAAAUGAGAAAUCUCGUGGUCAGAUUACUUUGGAGGUGACAUAUAAGCCUUUCAAGCAAGAAGAAGACAUGGAGGAAGAAAGCAUGGAUGGUACUGAAGAAGCAAAAAAUGCUCCAGAACAUACUGAUCAAGUACAGAAAGCCCCAGACAAUGCUCCAACUGGUGACGGGUUGCUUUUGGUCGUUGUUCACGAAGCUCAAGAUCUUGAAGGGAAGCAUCACACAAACCCAUACGCAAAGAUAAUCUUUAACGGAGAAGAGAAGAAAACAAAGGUGAUUAAGAAGAACAGGGAUCCACGUUGGGAGGAUGAAUUUGAGUUUGCUUGCGAGGAACCACCUACAAAUGAUAAGUUGCAUGUUGAAGUCCUAAGUAAACCUGGAAAGAUAGGAGGAAUAUUACAUGGCAAGGAAACCUUAGGCUUCAUUGAUAUAGCCCUGGCAGGCGUGAUCAGCAACAGGCGGACCAACGAAAAGUACCGUCUCAUCGGCUUGAAAAAUGGGCAGAUUCAAAUCGAGUUGCAGUGGAGAACUUCAUAG